AUGCCUGGCGGCUUGGCCAAAGCUGCAAUGCCAGCGUGUCCCGAGGGGCAUGAGUCAGACCCCAUGUUCCCGGGCACCGUGUGCAGACCACCUCUGUGUUUGCAGACCUCCACCCUGGCUUGGGAACGAGGGGUCCCCCCGCUCCCAGGCCAGCCUGGUUGGGUGAGACAGCAGGACUCAGGAGCCCCCAGCCUGGCUGCCUGUCUGCGGGGCAGAGUCCUGCAGCCCCCUGGGGGGCGGGAGGGGCCUGGCCAGUGUCCCCCAGACCCGCAGGCCCUUCCUUGGUGCGUGCUGGUGGGCAGAAAUGCCGGCGGGUGCCAGUGCCCGACCGCCUGUCACUGGAGGCCGGUUGCCUCUUGCCAGCAGCCCUUCCGCCCAGGACAGCCAGGCCUGCCGGAGCUCUGGGCCUGCCCAGCCCCUCCCCAUGGGCCCCCCUUCCUUCCCCGGACAGACCGGAGCCCGCAGACGCAGCGAUCUCGUCAGCAGGACGGUCCGGGGCUGAGUCCUGGCGGUGCCUCCACUGGACGCAUGGCCUCGGGGGGGUCUCUAAGCCCCCGUGGGGCUCGGCUUCCUCUUGCACAGCCCGCAGAGCCCAGAGCCGCCACCCCACAAGAGGUCCCCUCCUGGUUCGGGCCUGGCGUGGACCAAGGCUCCUCAUUGUCAGGGGCGAUCAGAGGUUCCCUUGCAUCCUGCCCCAAGCCGAAUGCAAGGCCCGGGCCCCAUCAGGCCCAGGGCCCACGGAGGAUGAACGGGGGUCCCCCUACCCUCUGCCUGCCCCCACCCCUGCCUCGUGUCCUGGGACUCAGAGGCCACCAGGAGCCCUGCACCCAGCACCCACCAGGGACACGAAGGUCCCCAAGAAAUGACUCGGAGCUGGAGGGGGUGCCCGGCCUCGGCCUGGACACUGGGCUGAGGUGUCAGAUCCUCCCUGAGACUCGGCCGUGGAAGUGCCAUCUGGUAUCCGGGGUGGAGCCCCUGAAGGGCCCCCAGGAGCAGCAGCCCCUGCAGCGACUCCACCCCUCCCGCCACCCAGCAGCCCGACCACCCAGCCUGACGCAGCCCUGCACGGAGCGGGGGGGCUCUGAGGGGCGGAGUCAGCCCUGGCUCUGGUGGAACAAGCGCUGGCCUGGUCCUGGCACCCACCUUGCUCCAUCGGCCCGGAGACUCGACUCCGUGGCAGCUGCUUGGCUGCAGCUCUUCGAGGAAGACCCUGGGAGCUGCCCAGCAGAGUCAGCAGGUGGACCCCCGGGCCAGCACCAGCUGCCAGAAUCUCCAUGUGGGGGCGAGGGGGUGAUGCGCGGCCUGCGGUGCCCGCUGCCCCUGGCCCUGGGCGCAGAGGACGGGAAACUGGGCCAUCUGGGAAGCAAGGUGCCCCUGAGCUUGCCUCAGACACGCGCGCCUGGACCUCCACCUCCUGGGGUGGGCAGGCUGGCAGGUGCGGUGACGGAGCUGGAGGUGGGGACCCAGGCUCUUCCCAGAUCCCCUGGACAGACUGCUGCAGCGGGCAGAACUGGUCCUGCCACCCCGUGCAGGGUGAAGGUGGCCCUCGUGAUCCAGGACUGGUCUGCAGGAGGGGAGGUCCUGCUGACCUCUGAAGGCCUUCCCACUCCCCAUGACCUCGUGGUCUCCAUGUGGGGGUGCUGGGGUGGGGAGGCGCAGCUGAAAGACCGGGAUGGCUCUGUGGGGGCAGCCCCUCUGCACGGCCCCCAGCUCCUGCAGCCUUGGAACCAGCCAGCUGCAGGGCUGGAGGAAGGGUCUGCGUGUGCCUCCCGUGUGGAUGGCUUGGGGUGGGGGCAGCAGGGCAGGUGUGAGCCAAGGCCGUCCAAGAAGAGCCGCCCCCGCCGCCCGCAGAACCGGGACAAGAGCGGCGAGCCCCUGCUGCGCGGGGAGGUGGGGGCGGGUGCGGCCAGACGGAGCCCGGCUGCACCGCGUCCCGCCAUCCCACCUGCUGUGCUGGGCCGGCCGGGCCUGUCCUUCAGAGCUGUCACUGGGGCAGCUGCCCGGAGCCCUGCAGGGAGGCCGGCUCCCGUGUGCGGGCUGGAGGCAGCAGGUCCCGGUUGGGGCAGCCCCUUGUCUGUUAGGGGUGCCAGCCUGAGAUGCCUGCGAGAGCUGAGGCCCAGGGACGGUGGGAACUCGCGCUGUGGAUGGAAGGUCCCCCCGGGGCUGCAAACAGGCCUGCCGGACGCGCUGGAGGGCCGGGCAGAGCAGCGUCGACCUCCCCGGCCAGAGACGGUGGCCAUGGGCCGGCCCAUCUGGUGGCGGGGAGGCCAUGUAGCACCCGCUCAGUGUUUCUGGGUCUCGGGAGCAGACCCGCAGGGCACCUUGCUCCAGGAGGGAGUCCAGGCCAGGCCACCCGCUCACGGCCUGUGCCCUGCACUCUGCCAGGUGACCAAGUGUCAGGAGCAGCGUGCCCUUGGCCUCCAUGCAGGGGGUGCCAGGAUGCCCGGGGCCUGGAGGCUCAGCGGGACUGCGGCCUGGCUGCAGGGCCCUCUGCCCUCCCCGUCCUCACUGCGCCCAUGUCUGGGAGAGACCUGGGUGUUCAGAUUCCGGGUGCCUCUCACCCUGAACCACAGGCAUCGCUCCUUCAGCCACGCUGCCAACACGCGGUCUCCCAGCACACGCGGGGUCACGGGCGGCCACCCCUGUGCCCGAGACCCUCAGGGACCCCGUGUGAAGCAGAGGCGGACGGCUGUCCUGGACCCUGGGCACCUGGCAGGGGACAUGCUGCCAUCUGUCAGAUGUGAGGUGCCCCAGACGUUCUCUGCUCCCACGGUGGACAUUCCACACCUUCAGCAGCCCAGACGGAUGCUCACCUUGCGAGAAAAGAGAGAAGACCGAAAACAGGAAGCAGGUGGGCAAACAGGCAGGGAGGAGGCUGCAGUCCCUGAGGGUCAGAGUCCCCCAACUCUGGGCUGCGGAGACGCGGUGAAGACACGCCCCAGGGAGGAUGUGCCCGGUGAGGACACGCCCCCGCAAGGACACGCCCCCGCGAGGACACGCCCCCCCGUGAGGACUCACCCAGGUGAGGACACGCCCCCGCGAGGACACGCUCCCCCCCACCCCCACCCCGUGAGGACCCGCCCCGGUGAGGACACGCCCCCGCAAGGACACGCCCCCGCGAGGACACGCCCCCCCGUGAGGACUCACCCAGGUGAGGACACGCCCCCGCGAGGACACGCUCCCCCCCACCCCCACCCCGUGAGGACCCGCCCCGGUGAGGACACGCCCCCGCAAGGACACGCCCCCGCGAGGACACGCCCCCCCGUGAGGACUCACCCAGGUGAGGACAUGCCCCCGCGAGGACACGCUCCCCCCCACCCCCCACCCCGUGAGGACCCGCCCCCGUGA